AUGGGGGGUGACCCGUCUCGGAGAAACCAAAAUUUGUACUGUACCUAUCACAAGGAUAAGGGACAUAUCACCGAGCAAUGUCGGGUAUUAAAGGACCAUUUAGGGCAAUUGGUGAAGGCGGGAUAUCUGAAGGAGUUUGUGGUAGAUUCAAGGAACAAUGGUGCUAGGCAAGGUGCUCAGCAAAGAGGGAACCCUCUCCCGCUUCCAUUGGGAGUGAUCAAAGUCAUUCAUGCCGCCCCGAGGAGUACUGCUGUGGCUGGGAGGAAAGGAAUGUUAACCGUAGCACCUGUGGGAAAUUGCUCAAGCAAGCAAGCCACCGAGAAGAAGAUGAAGAUUAGUCUGGAGCCCAUCGCUUUUAACAACAAUGAUGCAUUGAUUGUGACGGCCCGGAUAAAUGAUUUCAUAGUAAAGAGAGUAAUGGUAGACCAGGGAAGUGGGGCCGAUGUGAUGUAUUCGAAUCUGUUCAAAGGGCUCGGACUGAAGAAGAAGGACCUCUCUAAAUACGGCCAUUUGAACAGAUCCAAUGGGAAGUGA